AUGAGGUCCCUUCAUUCGCGUCAUAACCAUUCAACCAGCGACAAGAGAGGUAGCAUAUACGAGAGCGAUCUCUCCCGCCAGGAGGGCAAAGCCCAGUCUCCCAGCUCCGCCAGUUCAGUUAAAAGCGACUUAGGACAAGAUACGGAUGUUCAUCCUCCACCUCCACCAUUAAAUCUCGACAACUAUCCCCGUCUAUACCGCAGAUUAGCUCUAUCCCUUUCUCACCUUCACCGCCCUACACGAGACGACUUCCUGAAAGUAGCCAAUGGGUUUUGGCAACGUCUACGGAUCCGUUUCAAGUGGUUUACUAUACGUUCUUUUCGGAGAUUUAAUGCAGAUGAUAUUUCGGCUUUUAUAACAUGGUUCUUAAUGAGCCAAACUCUAUGGAUAUUGGUCGGAACAACAACAUUCUUUUCCGUGAUUUUUGCAACUGCCAAUAGUCUACAACUGCAAGAAUAUGUCGCACGCGCCAUAAGCAACUAUCUCACCAGCGAGACUGGCGUCACAGUAAUCUUUGAAUCUGCUAUCGUUCCUAAAUGGAAGGACUCUCGCAUAUCCUUCAAAAAUGUAUAUGUAUCCCGCAGAUCAUCGUCCACCGCCCGUCCACCAGUGCCAAAAAAACAUAUUGGACAUAAAGCGGCUGUUGGGUAUGAUGUCAGCAGCCACCCCGCGUACAACAACUUUCUGGACGACGACGACGAAGUAGUUGAGAGUCAUACCGAGGAUGAUGUCAACUAUUCCAUGUUUGACCUCAACAUUGACUCCAUAGACGUCACUUUAUCACUCCAGCACUGGCUGAAUGGCAAGGGCCUUGUGGAGGAUGCUGUGAUCAAGGGCGUUCGCGGGGUAUUAGACCGUCGCUCUGUUUUCUGGGACCCAGAAAAUCCACUUGACCCGGCUGCAUUCCGUCAUGUUGCUCGUCAAGGUGACUUUGAGCUGAAUUCUCUGCAGCUCGAAGACGUCCUCGUCACCAUGUAUCAACCGGGUGAUUUUAGGCCUUAUACGGCCUCGAUUUUUCGUGCGGACAUAAGGACUUUCCGGAAGCAAUGGCUCUUCUACGACUUUUUGCGUGCCGAAAACGUUGUAGGGCAAUUUGAUAACUGCUUGUUCAGUCUGCACAAACCGCAAAGCAUCGGCCGAACUACUGACCAAGACCUCAAGGAUGGCAAAUGGUCGCGGAUGUCUAGGAUCCGGAUUGAUGGCGUCAAUAUCGAUCAUAUGCAAAACUCUACGACAUUGGAAGGUGGUCCCUUGUCGUGGAUAACAUCUGGCAAAGUGGAUGCUGUGCUGGAUAUCAAAUUCCCUAGGGAUGCGGAAGACGAAUUUGCGUUAAAUGCUAUUCUUGGUGAGCUCGCAGAUGCUAUCACCACGGCAGCUACUGCUUCUCUACCCAUUGAGAGAAUACCGGGGCAGCGAGAGCUCGCGAAACCGCCUCUUACUGCACCCACGACCGAUGACGAUAAAGAAGCCGAUGAUAAUCCGAAGGUCGUCAUCGACAUAGAUUUGCGAUUUAGGGAUCUCAAGGCUGCUGUUCCGCUAUUCACAUCGGAUCUCUCAUAUGUCAACAGCGCAUUAAUAAGACCCAUAGUGGCAUUUAUGAACGCACAUCAUACCUUGGUGCCUAUUCACUGCAGAGUAGUUAAAGAUUUGAGUGAUUAUGACGGUGCUUGGACUAUGUGGGAGACUGGCCUUAUGGAUGAAAUUUCACAGAAGAUAUACGAUGCGCUUGCUUAUCACGUCUCUCAAGUCAACUUGAACAGGCGAGUGAAAGCAGUCAGCAUGUGGUCAUUGCAGAUGACGGCCAGCGCUGUAUUGUCUGCGCUGAGAAACCUAGUGGAUCCAGUGUCCAUGCAGGUUCGGGAUCUGUACUACGUGAAUGGUGUUCCAUAUGACGCCUUAGUUCCGGGACCGUAG